AUGAAUCCCUCUAUCCUGCGGCCAGCUCUGGCCUACAACCUGUGUUCCUCACAUGCAUCCGCCCGGCUCUUUCCUCGCGCGUGGUCUGCCAGCCUAAAUGUUGCGCCGGCUGCGUCCACCGUCGACGCCCAGCGCAAGUGGCAGUCCAGCCAUGCGCGAGGCCGCGAGGUGAAAGAUCUCGUCCCGGCCGCCUCCCGCCCUCUACAGAUCGUCCGGCACACCUCGGCCGCGUCCGUCCCAAGCCGCGUGGCCACGGCGACGUACUCCACCACCGCAGAGCCAUCUUCCGUGCCGUACGCUCAGCUCACCGUUGGCGUGCCCAAGGAGGUCUUCUUGAACGAGCGACGCGUCGCAUUGACCCCGCAGAACGUAGCCCUCCUCCUCAAGAAGGGCUUCUCCAGCGUCCUUGUCGAGCGAGGCGCCGGCGCCGAGGCUGACUUCCCCGACGAGGCCUACGACCGCGCUGGCGCGACGCUCGUCGACGCUGCCGACCAGGUCUGGUCCGGCUCCGACGUGGUGCUCAAGGUCCGCAGCCCGAUACCCUCUGAGAUCGACCUCAUGAAGAAGAACCAGACCGUCAUAUCCUUCCUGCAGCCCGCGCAGAACAAGCCGCUGGUCGAGAAGCUCGCGGCGCAGAAAGCAACCUCCUUCGCCAUGGACCUCAUCCCGCGGAUUUCUCGUGCCCAGGUCUUCGACGCCCUCAGCUCCAUGGCCAACAUUGCCGGCUACAAGGCGGUCCUGGAGGCGUCCAACAACUUUGGCCGCUUCUUGACCGGGCAGGUGACCGCCGCCGGCAAGAUCCCGCCCUGCAAGGUGCUCGUCAUUGGUGCCGGUGUUGCCGGGCUCAGCGCCAUCGCCACUGCGAGGAGACUCGGCGCCAUCGUGCGAGGCUUCGACACGCGUCCGGCAGCCCGAGAGCAGGUGCAGUCUCUCGGCGCCGAGUUCAUCGAGGUCGACAUCAAGGAAGACGGCUCCGGCGCUGGAGGAUAUGCUAAGGAAAUGAGCAAGGAGUUUAUUGAGGCCGAGAUGAAACUCUUCUACGAACAGGCGUGCGAGGUCGACAUCAUCAUCACCACUGCCUUGAUCCCGGGAAAACCCGCCCCGAAGCUCAUCACGAAGUCCAUGCUGGAAGUUAUGAAGCCCGGCUCUGUGGUGGUUGACCUGGCGGCAGAAGCCGGCGGUAACUGCGAAAAGACCAAGCCCGGCGAGCUGUAUACGUACAAGGGCGUCAAGAUCAUUGGCUAUACCGAUCUCCCCUCCAGACUCCCGACGCAGUCAUCGACCCUGUACUCCAACAACGUCACCAAGUUCCUCCUCUCCAUGGCACCCAAGGAGAAGGAAUUCGGCAUCGAUCUCACCGACGAGGUUGUGCGCGGUUCCAUCGUCACUCUGAAGGGCGACGUUCUCCCCCCGCCUCCUCGGAAAGCCCCACCGCCCGCGCCCGUCCAAGCACCGCCCGUCACGAAAGAAGCCGAGGUCGUCGCCCUGACCCCUUUCCAGAAGACCUCUCGCGAAGUCGCCACCGUGACGGCCGGUAUGGGAGCCGCCCUGGCCCUGGGCAAAAUGACUGGUCCCCUUUUCAUGGGCAACGCCUUCACCUUCGCUCUGGCCUCUCUCAUCGGCUACAGGGUCGUGUGGGGGGUGACGCCAGCCCUUCACUCGCCCCUGAUGAGUGUCACCAACGCCAUCUCAGGCAUGGUCGGAAUCGGCGGCCUCUUCAUCCUGGGCGGCGGCUAUGUCCCGCAAACCUUCCCCCAGGUCCUCGGCGCAGCCUCCGUUCUGCUCGCCUUCGUGAACGUUUCCGGCGGCUUCGUCCUCACAAAGCGCAUGCUGGACAUGUUCAAGCGGCCGACUGACCCCCCCGAAUACCCGUGGCUCUACGCCAUCCCGGCAGCCCUCUUCGGCGGAGGCUACAUUGCCGCAGCAGCUACCGGAACAGCGGGUCUCGUCCAAGCCGGCUACGCCGUCAGCUCCGUGCUGUGCAUCAGCUCCCUCUCCAGCUUGGCGUCGCAAGCGACUGCUCGCAUGGGCAACAUGCUUGGCAUGCUCGGAGUCGGCUCCGGCGUGUUGGCAUCGUUGCUGGCCGUCGGCUUCUCCCCAGAGGUUCUCACGCAGUUCGGCGGUCUCGCGGCUCUGGGUAGCAUCGCCGGCAUCCUCAUCGGGAAGCGCAUUACGCCAACCGACCUUCCCCAGACAGUUGCCGCACUCCACUCUGUCGUUGGCCUGGCGGCCGUCUUGACCUCCAUCGGAAGCGUCAUGGCGCACAUCGAUGACAUCGGGACGCUUCACCUGGUCACGGGCUACCUGGGCGUCCUCAUCGGUGGCAUCACCUUCACGGGCUCUAUCGUCGCAUUCCUCAAGCUCGCGGGGAAGAUGUCGUCCCGCCCGAUCGUCCUCCCGGGCAAGCACUUGAUCAACUCGGGCAUGCUGACGGCCAACAUCGCCACGAUGGGCGCCUUCGUGACCAUGGCGCCCGGCUCGCCCAUGAUCGCCGCGGCGGCGCUCACGGCCAACACCAUCCUCUCCUUCGCCAAGGGGUACACCACGACAGCGGCCAUCGGCGGCGCCGACAUGCCGGUCGUCAUCACCGUCCUCAACGCCUACUCAGGCUUCGCGCUCGUGGCGGAGGGUUUCAUGCUGGACAACCCGCUCCUCACGACGGUUGGCGCGCUCAUUGGCGUAUCGGGCUCCAUUCUAUCGUACAUCAUGUGCGUGGCGAUGAACCGCUCGCUCACCAACGUCCUGUUCGGCGGCAUAUCGGCGCCGGCGCAGACGGACUACAAGAUGGAGGGCGCAGUGACGCAGACCAACGUCGAGGACACGGCUGAGGCGCUCGUCAACGCCGAGAACGUCAUAAUCGUCGUCGGGUACGGCAUGGCGGUCGCCAAGGCGCAGUACGCCAUCAGCGAGAUCACAGGCAUGCUUCGCGCCAAAGGCAUCAACGUUCGUUUCGCCAUCCACCCCGUGGCCGGCCGCAUGCCCGGGCAGUGCAACGUGCUGCUGGCGGAGGCGAGCGUGCCGUACGAUAUCGUGCUCGAGAUGGACGAGAUCAACGACGACUUUGGGGAGACGGACGUCACGCUGGUCAUUGGCGCCAACGACACCGUCAACCCCAUCGCGCUGGAGCCCGGCAGCCCGAUAGCCGGUAUGCCCGUGCUUCAGGCUUGGAAGAGCAAGCAGGUCAUUGUGAUGAAGAGAGGCAUGGCCAGCGGCUAUGCCGAUGUACCGAACCCCAUGUUCUACAUGCCCGGAACACGCAUGCUCUUCGGAGAUGCCAAAGUGAGCACCGAAGCAAUCAAGGCCGCCGUCGAGGCCCGAACAGUAUAG